UUAAAAACACCAACACCAACACCAAUGACGUUUCUUAGUAGAUAAGGAUCAAGGAUGCUCUGCAUCACACAUCAAGCUUAUAAAACAUAUCCUGUUGCAUGUCUGAUCUCUUUAUUCCACCUGGUAAGAUUUGUGCAGUGAGUUUAGGUUUGAGAUGGCAUGUUUUCAAGCACGUCUAGAUAGAAUCGAGUCUCAGAGGUUUGUUUCUCUGCGUGACGAGAGGGGACCAUCUAAUGGAGGCAUCGAACUUGUGGCAAACACCGAAUCUGUGGCAGAGUUCCUUACCAAUCUCAGAUUAGAAGAUCUUUUCAAUCUCCCUAGUGGAUAUGUCCAGAUGGAUCCGGAAACUUUUUGCGGAGUGAGUGGUGGGAACAAAGAAUGUGUGGAGAAGUUGAGAAGUCUUGAAAUGGCACGUCUCGAGAGCCAUAAUGGAGAUUCUGUUCUUCAUCUUGCUGCCACAUGGGGUCAUUCAGAAUUAGUGAAGAGCAUUGUCUCUGAGUGUCCAUGCCUUGUGUUGGUGCCAAACUCGAAAGAUCAGUUUCCCCUUCAUGUUGCGGCUUAUGCCGGCCAUUCAGCUGUUGUUGAGGUUCUUGUUGCGACAUUAACUUAUGUUUCAGCUAAAGUGUCUGAAGAAAAGAAGGAGAGGCUGAAUCUAUAUGUUGUCAAGGACAAAGAUGGAGAUACUCCUCUGCAUUUGGCGUUGAAAGGACGCUAUAUGGAGAUAGCUUCCUCCCUGGUGAAGGCGAACAACCAAGCUUCGUUUCUUGCGAAUAACGAGGGAAUAUCUCCCUUGUAUAUGGCCAUAGAAGCUGGAGAUUUAUCACUUGUGAAAGCAAUUUUAGACAUUACGGACGACGAUGGCCUUGAAAGGGAGAAGUGUAGCUUAGAUUCAAAGUUGGAAGGGAGAAAAUAUCUAGCACACGCUGCUUUGAAGGCUGAGAGUACAGAGAUCCUUGAUGUUAUUCUAAAAGAAUAUUCAAGUCUUGAGGAUGAGCGAGAUGAAGAAGGAAGGACUUGUCUUUCAUUUGGGGCAUCCAUAGGGAAUUAUGAAGGAGUGCGCAAGCUCUUAGACCGACCAACAAAGAACGUUUAUGUGUGUGAUGAUGAUGGUUCAUUUCCAAUCCAUUUGGCUAUGGAGAAAAACAAUAGGAAGAUUGUUAAAGAGUUUAUAGAAUGUUGUCCAGAUUCAAAAUACUUGCUUAACAAACGUGGUCAGAACAUACUCCAUAUUGCAGUACAGAUGGGGCACAAAAUAAACUUUCUGGGUUUUGAUGUGAUAAAACUUCUGGGUCUUGGGCAAGAUGUGGAUGGGAAUACGCCUUUGCACAUUGCCACCAAAAAUUGGUUCGCUGAAACCGUUGAUUUACUUACUACUGAUGAAAGGGUACUGCAACUACGGAACAAAAGCGGGUUGAGAGCUCAGGAUAUUGCUGAGACAGAGUUGAAACCAUACUACAUCUUUCAGCAGAGGUUGACAUUGGCAUACUUAAAAUAUGCUACUCGCGGCAUAAAGGGUUAUGAAAAGAUAAAGUCGAUGAGAAGACCAGCAGAGCCACUAGCAGAUGACAAAGAGAGGGAUUACGUCAACACUUUUCUACUGGUGGCAACUCUUGUAGCCACCAUGACGUUUGCUGCAGGUUUUACAAUACCAGGUGGCUUUACCAGCUCCAACCCGCAUUUGGGAAGAGCAGCUUUGGCCACUAACCCAACUCUCAUACUUUUUCUGCUAUUUGACACCUUGGCAUUGGUAUGCUCGGUUGCAACAAUAGCUAUACUUAUUUGGGCGCAAGUGGGUGAUCCAGCACUCCUCCAUGCAUCCAUAGACGUGGUCUUGCCUUUAAUGCAAUAUUCUCUGCUAUCCAUGCCCUUGGCAUUCUUUUUUGGCGUAAUUACUGCAGUUGGGCAAGUGAAAUGGCUUGUAGCCAUCUUUUCCAUGAGUGCUUUUGCCUUCUUCUGCUGGGUGCUUUUUCUCGUUGCCCCUCACGUCAUGCUAAAGCGGUCAAACUCUGCUGCCGUGGAUUAUGGUUUUCUUUUCUGGUUGAUGAUGGUGUUUAGACGUCUGCAUCUUAACAUACCUAAUGAUGAAAAGAUUUCGAGGCUUCGUCUGUCACGGACGGUGUCAACAAGCAAGCAAGUAGCUUAAUUACGAGAGAUUUUCCCUUGUUGUAACCAUAUCCAUGCUUUCAUCAUUUCAAAGUUAAAAGGCUCAUACUUUGGUGGCACUUUUAUCAUUUCAAUGUUUUGACUCUUUGUUGUUUCUGCCUUCAACCGCUUUCAAUUGAAUACAAGAAAUAAUAAGGCAACAA